GCGUGCAGGAGAGUAACAGUGGCAGCAGCUGCCGUAGCAGGCUGGCUACCUAAGCAAGGUGAAACCACGCUCGGCUGUGAUUGAAUCAAUGACAGAAAAAAACACAGCUAAAACGGCGUUGGAUCACAACGUUAUUUUCCUUCAGUUUUAGAUUUAAAUAUCCUGAAUGGGGAAACAUCAUUAACCCGGUGUAUGCGUUGCGAACUGAAAUUAACGGCAACCAAUAGAUUACCCUCAUCUUCUCCUGGCCCUGCCCACCGGCAGAAUGAGCUCCUCCCCCCUCGCAUCCCGCCCCUCUGUUGACAUCCUCGAGGAGCUGCAGCUCAUUGCUGCCCAGAACCUGGAAAAGCUGGAGAUCAACAAGUACUAUGAUGUCAUACAGGAGCUGGGCAAGGGGACCUAUGGCAAAGUGGACCUGGUCGUUCAUAAAAUCAGAGGCACAAAGAUGGCGUUAAAGUUCCUCCGAAAGAAAACCACCAAACUGAGGAGCUUCCUGCGGGAGUACAGCAUCUCACUGUACCUCUCACCCUGCCCCUUCAUCAUUAACAUGUAUGGCAUUGCCUUCGAGACUGAUGAGUACUACAUCUUCGCCCAGGAGUAUGCCCCAGCAGGGGACCUAUUCGAUAUCAUACCCCCACAGGUGGGGCUUCCUGAGACGGUGGCCAAGCGCUGCGUCCACCAGGUGACCAUUGCGCUGGACUACCUGCACUGCAAGAAGCUGGUCCACCGUGACAUCAAACCGGAGAAUGUGCUGCUGUUCGACCGUGAGUGCCGCAAGGUCAAGCUGUCGGACUUCGGCAUGACGCGGCGGGCGGGCUCGCCGGUGAAGCGCGUGAGUGGCACCAUCCCGUACACGGCGCCGGAGCUGUGCGACGCCUCGCGGCGCGAUGGCUUCCGCGUGGACCACAGCACAGAUGUGUGGGCCUUCGGUGUGCUCCUCUUCUGCAUGCUGACGGGCAACUUCCCCUGGGAGAAGGCGCUGCCAUCCGAUGGCUUCUAUGAGGAGUUUGCACGCUGGCAGCGGCGCCGGCCGGGCGCAGCUGUGCCCUCGCAGUGGCGGCGCUUUUCCGAUGAGGCUCUCCGCAUGUUCCGCAAGUUGCUGUCGCUGGAGCCUGUACGCCGCUGCGCUGCCAAGGAAGUGUUCGCCCACCUGGGCCAUGGCUGGAUGCUGGACGGCGAAGGUGGGGCUGCGCAGCCGUCCGAGCUGAGCCCUGCCCCUGCGCCCGCCUCCUCCUCCUCCUCCUCCUCUUCCUCUUCGUCCUCUUCCUGUGAGGAGGAUGUGCUAGUGGACCGCAUGAAGCAGCAGACCCUCUCGCCCGUCCGUGGUGUGGCCCCAGGUGUAGUGGUCAUGGAGACAAUGCCGCCCCACUUCUCCCCUGUGUCCGCCAGCAGCCCUGCAUCAUCCCCCAACGGCUAUGAGCGUGUUGCCCGUGACAACAGCGGUGGUGGGCGCAUCCUGGUGACCACGCCCAUUGAGAUUUGCGUGUAGGCAUGUAACCUCCCCCCAUCCCAUCCACCCAGACACACACACACACAAACACACUUACGCAACACACACAAGCCUGCUCACUUAUAACCCACACACAACCAUAUGCAUUCAUAUUCAAGUACACAUACAUAUAAACACAGAAAACACACACAUAC